UGACUGGCUGGUACGCCUGCCUCUCGCGGUAGCGGCUGGUCCUUUCCCCUCCCUCUCCCCCCAACCGCGAGCCUCCUGGUUCCUUAGGCUGGUCCAGGACGAGUCAGUGUCAGUCAGGGAGGCGGACUGCUGAGCACUGGGUGCAGACGCUCCAUUGCAAUCUCGCUCAGGGGCCGGUGCCUGCACUCGCGCCGCCGGCUGGGAAGGAUGAAGCCACAGCUGGAGCAGCCACCCUAUGAUUGGCUGUGGCGCUUGUGAACCCAAAGUAAAGAUGGCGGGCGGGCAGGCAUCUGCCGCACUGCCCACUUGGAAGAUGGCGGCGCACCGCAGCCUCAGCGCCCGCGGCCGGGGGGUCCUGCAGGCGGCGGCGAAAAGGCUGCUGCCGCUGCUACUGCUGAGUUGCUGCUGCGGCGCAGGACGCUGCGCCGCGGCGGGCGAGAGCGAGGAGACGGUGAUCAUCGGGUUGCGGCUGGAGGACACGAACGACGUGUCGUUUAUGGAAGGGGGGGCGCUGCGGGUGAGCGAGCGGACUCGGGUCAAGCUGCGGGUGUAUGGGCAGAACAUCAACAACGAGACGUGGACCCGCAUCGCCUUCACUGAGCACGAGCGGCGGCGUCACAGCCCCGGAGAACGCGGGCUGGGGGGCCCCGUGCCACCAGAGCCGGACAGCGGCCCCCAGCUCUGCGGUAUGCGCACAUCAGAUAUCAUCAUCUUGCCCCAUAUCAUUCUCAACCGCCGUACAUCGGGCAUCAUUGAGAUCGAGAUCAAACCGCUGCGCAAGAUGGAGAAGAGCAAGUCCUAUUACCUGUGCACAUCGCUGUCCACGCCAGCCCUGGGCGCUGGCGGCCCGGGGUCCGGGGGUGGCACUGUUGGGGGCAAGAGCGGCUCCGGGGUGGCCGGGCUCCCGCCGGCCCCAUGGGCUGAGACCACUUGGAUUUACCACGACGGCGAGGACACCAAAAUGAUCGUGGGCGAGGAGAAGAAGUUCCUGCUGCCCUUCUGGCUGCAGGUGAUCUUUAUUUCGCUGCUCCUGUGCCUGUCGGGCAUGUUUAGCGGCCUCAACCUGGGGCUCAUGGCCCUGGAUCCGAUGGAGCUGCGCAUCGUGCAGAACUGCGGCACCGAGAAGGAGAAGAAUUAUGCCAAGCGCAUCGAGCCCGUGCGCAGGCAGGGCAACUACCUGCUGUGUUCGCUGCUGCUGGGUAACGUGCUGGUCAACACCACGCUCACCAUCCUGCUCGACGACAUCGCCGGCUCAGGCCUUGUGGCCGUGGUGGUCUCCACCAUCGGCAUCGUCAUCUUCGGGGAGAUCGUGCCCCAGGCUAUCUGCUCCCGGCACGGCCUGGCAGUAGGGGCCAACACCAUCUUCCUCACCAAGUUUUUCAUGAUGAUGACCUUCCCCGCUUCUUACCCAGUCAGCAAGCUGCUGGACUGCGUCCUGGGCCAGGAGAUAGGCACAGUCUAUAACCGGGAAAAACUGCUGGAGAUGCUCCGGGUCACAGACCCCUACAACGACCUCGUUAAGGAGGAGCUGAACAUUAUCCAAGGGGCGCUGGAGCUCCGCACCAAGACGGUGGAGGACGUGAUGACUCCCCUCCGGGACUGCUUCAUGAUCACCGGCGAAGCCAUUCUGGACUUCAACACAAUGUCGGAGAUCAUGGAGAGCGGCUACACUCGCAUUCCAGUGUUCGAGGGGGAGCGCUCCAACAUCGUGGACCUCCUGUUUGUCAAAGACUUGGCAUUCGUGGAUCCAGAUGACUGUACUCCCCUGAAAACCAUCACUAAAUUUUAUAACCACCCCUUACACUUUGUUUUCAAUGACACCAAGUUGGACGCUAUGCUGGAAGAAUUUAAGAAAGGUAAAUCUCACCUGGCUAUUGUGCAGCGAGUGAACAAUGAGGGAGAGGGGGACCCAUUUUAUGAAGUUCUGGGAAUUGUCACCUUAGAAGAUGUGAUUGAAGAAAUCAUCAAAUCUGAGAUUCUAGAUGAAACAGAUUUAUACACGGAUAACAGAACGAAAAAGAAAGUGGCCCAUCGUGAAAGAAAGCAAGAUUUUUCUGCCUUUAAGCAGACAGACAGCGAGAUGAAGGUUAAAAUAUCACCACAGCUUCUCCUGGCCAUGCACCGUUUCCUAGCAACAGAAGUAGAAGCGUUUAGCCCAUCGCAGAUGUCAGAGAAGAUCCUUCUAAGGCUGCUAAAGCACCCCAAUGUCAUCCAGGAGCUGAAGUUUGACGAGAAGAACAAGAAAGCCCCAGAACACUACCUCUACCAGCGCAACAAACCUAUAGACUACUUCGUCCUCAUUUUGCAGGGGAAAGUGGAAGUAGAAGCUGGGAAAGAAGGUAUGAAGUUUGAAGCCAGCGCUUUUUCAUACUAUGGUGUGAUGGCUCUCACAGCCUCGCCAGUUCCUUUGUCCCUGUCUCGUACCUUUGUUGUCAGCAGAACAGAGUUGUUAGCAGCAGGUUCUUCAGGUGAAAACAAGUCGCCGCCGCGCCCAUGUGGCUUGAAUCACUCGGACUCCCUCAGUCGAAGUGACCGGAUUGACGCAAUCACGCCGACACUGGGGAGCAGCAAUAACCAGCUCAACUCUUCAUUCCUUCAAGUCUAUAUCCCGGAUUACUCAGUGCGUGCCCUUUCUGAUCUCCAGUUUGUUAAGAUCUCCAGACAGCAAUACCAAAAUGCCUUGAUGGCAUCCCGGAUGGACAAAACUCCUCAGUCGUCAGACAGUGAAAACACUAAAAUCGAAUUGACUCUUACGGAGCUGCACGACGGGUUGCCAGACGAGACGGCCAACCUGCUCAAUGAACAGAACUGCGUGACGCACGCCAAGGCCAACCACAGCCUCCACAGCGAGGGCGCCAUCUAGGGCGCCCCGCCGCCCACCCGCCCGCCCCGUGCCCCGCGCCCCUGUCGGACAGCGAACCCCAUUAGCGUGAGCUUGUGUGCCAUGCUGCGUCCUGCGACUCCUGAGACCAAAGACUUUGUCCCCUUUCUGGAAGAAGCAGAGGAGGUCGUGAGGGCAGGAAUGGGCCCUGGAGCUGGAAAUCGACAGCGAGGGUGUGGCCUUCGCCAUUUCGGAGAUGAACUACUUCCGUCCAAAUAGAAUCAUGUUUAUUUUUUCAGCUGUACCUUUUUAUUAUUCACUCUCCUCCUUCCUUGAUUUGCAUGAAGUUGAAAAUUGUUAGGAUUUAUUUUUUUCAAAAAAAAAAAAAAGAGAUCACGUUUUUAAAAGUGUCUUUUGCAGAGUUUUAAGUUGUCCUGCCUGAACUCUGCAGUGACCCCGUGAUGUGACCCUGCUGGGACGGACUUGCCCCUCCAGUUGCCUUCCGUGGGCCCUCCCAGCGAGCGGCCCCCUCGUCUGCGGCCCGGUGACUGUCGCUGUCGAACCUGAAGGAUGAAUGAAGAGGACCGCGCCGAUGCCCACCGACCAGCCGGGUCUGUGACACUGCAAGUGGCGCCUCUACAGGGACCUGCCGUCGCCUCUCUGAGCUCAGUGUUGUUUUAAGUCAAUGUUUAACUGUGUCCCUUCCCCUCAGAAAGGUUUAAAUUUUCUUGGAAUGUGAUUGUGCUCCCACUCUUAAGGAAUUUUUAUCACCAAAAUGAAUGUUAAUGAAUUUUAAACCCAUGGUUUAUCAUUGGCAAGUGGCAAGGUGGCUUCCCCCCGACACGCCCGCAGCCACCGGGGAUCUCGGGCGCACCGAGCCCUCCCCGCUGCGCCACCGCCCACCUCCCCACCCAAGAUGCUGCUACACGGGUGCCAAACGGAAAUCAUCCCGGGCGUCGGCGUGAACGCGGUGUGGGGCGCAAGCUCCUCCCCUUCCCGGCUCAAGCUCCUCCCCUUCCCGGCAGGCUGUGCGUCGUUGUCAGAGGAGGAGCCCGCCUUCCUGCUGUGCUCUGUGCUCCACGCUGAGGUUCCCCUAAACCCGUACUCGAAUGGGGGCACUUUGGGAGCCGCCAGCCCCUGCCCCUCUUUCCGGGGAGUCAGCUGUCCCUCCUCCUGUGUCCCUGGGCCUGUGGGGCCCAGUGGUGGCUGUGUCCUCCGCCCGAGGACCUUUCUGCCUCCCGCCUCUGAUGUGCCCACGCUGCCCAGAGAGGCUGCCUGUACAACCAGGGUUAGUGCAGCCCCGGACGGGGAUUCGGAAACCAAAUGCGUGUUGUGGCCGGUUCUUGUGUGUCUCCACCGUAUUUCAAUACCCAAUGCAUCACGUGUAGAGAAAUUCCUGUUUGAAUUCUCAACCGUCUCAUCUGUGUUUUAAGUGUUAGCCCAAGGGACACGUGCAUUUCGUGGGCGACAUCUGUACACUGAAGGGAAUUCAUACCAACCACAGUGUCUAUGCAGCGAUGUCAGUCUGCGCUGCGGCCUGUCCCUUCCAAGAGGAGAGUGUUGUCUCCAUGGGGUGCCACUGAGCGGAGGGCAGCCCCGGCGCUAAGCGGCAGUUUUCUCCUCCCUCCUCUAGGUAGGAGUGUGCACCCCGGGAUGGCUCUGCCGGGCGGGAGCUGUGCUUGGGGAGGAACUGGUGACCUGCUGGCUUGCCUUCUGGCGGGCAGUCUGGUGGCUCCAGUGUCGAAUGCACGCUUGGGGAGGGGUUCCUCGGCUUGUCGGUUCUGCAGCAUCCGGCCUCCCCUCGUGGGAGAGGGUCACAGGGGUGCCCCUAAGGGGGCUGAGGGUCCUGCUGCUGGCACCCAAGCUGCCCCCAUGGCGUGGAGCCCUCAGUAUGCAGCUUGACAUUAGUGAGACCCUGCACCAUGGUGGGGGUCUUUUAUACACAGAUCUUUCUGAAUUUAAAUCCCAAUCUCUUAAUCUACAUCUGGCUGAGUGCACCCCAGUAUGGCAGGAACUGGGGCUAUCUGUAGGGUGUGCAGAAACUAGUGUUCCCUGAAGUGGAGUCUGGGCCUUGCAGAGGGAGGGCGCCUCUCCCCCGACAGCGGUGGGGGUAGGGGGGGCCUCUCGGCCCCGUGGGCACCUGCCUUCCCUUAGGUCUGGCGGAGCGUGGCCUGACGGGCCCGGGCUCCUCUGGCCUUCAGGGUCUGGGCCUGUCAGCCUCUCCUGGUCCAUUGGCUGCUCCACAAAGCCUGUCUCGGCGCCUUGUUCUGGGGGAGCCUCUGAAAUUAUUUACUGUGCCCGGUUGCUUUCAGAACAUUACUGCUCCUCCCCCAAUCCUACAGCGCAGCGGGAGUCCAAGCGGAGGAGAAAGGCUUGAUUCCAGCCUCCGCCUCCCUGACUUCAGGGAGGAACACAACUUCUCAGUACCUGGUGUGGUGGCUUUCUGUCCUCCCUAUAAAUGAGCUGGCAGGGGUGGCUUUGCAGAGGGGGUCCCAGAGGAUGAAAGUCUAGCCUCGAAAGUUUGUAUUUUUCUACAAACCACUCUUUACCUUUGACUAUCUACACUUUUAUAACAGGGAAUACAAAGCAAUCCCUGUCCAGACCCAGAGGAACAAGGGCUACCCUUGGGCUGUAGUUACAUCUGCUUUGGGGCACACUCAAGGCUCGUAAAUAACAGUGUCUGAGCUACGGGAUUUCUUUUCCAGGCCCCACCUUCUCUCUGGAAACCAACUUCAGGCUGUUGAAGGAGAAAUGCUGGGUCACGGCUUCUCUGGGCAACAGGAGAAUGGUUUUGGCUCAGAAGGUCUAUGCGAUUCCCGUCUAUGAAUGGGAGUCCAAGAAAGACCAUCGAUAGUCCGGGUCUCAGCGCGUGGUUGUCAGUCCUUAGCAUCACCAUUGACGGUUCUCUUCCGGGGCCACUGGCUUUAGAAGCAGGGAGGGGAGGGACUGCAUAGCAGAUGCAGGUCCUGGGGCCCUGAGUUCUGCCGGUCUCUGUGGCGCUGCUGUGGAACCUCUCCUUUCCCUAGCAGCCACCCUGGUGUCCCAACUGGGUUCCUAAUGUCUGAGUGUUCCCAGCACUGUCUGCUUCUUUGUCUGAACAGAUGUGGCUUUUCCCUAUUGCCUUAGAGGUUGUCGCCCUAUGUUUCUGUUUUAUAGUCUGGCAAGUCCAAAAUCAUGUAUUUAAACUCUUAGGAAAACAGAUCCUUAAGAUUUGUUUCUGAAUAUUGGGUGCUAAUAUACUAGCUUAAGCCUUGGCCUUGAUUCUUACAGAGUUUGAACUUGGAACAGUACUCGGUCCAACUCUGUGCUCCCCUCUCUCCUCGCCUCACUUCCCGAAGGCAGCGCGGUACCCAUGCCAACAUAGCUGGCUUCCCUUAGUGGGAGGGUGCAGGGUGUCAGGCAUCUUGCCAUUUUCUACUGUUAUUUCAAGGAACUUGUGUACGACUGCUGAGUGCAGGACUCCACACCAUUAAUACGAAGCUUUUACUGUGAAUACAUUUACCUGUGCUGUCCCCAGGACCAUACAACUAAAGGACCAGCUUUUUCAAGUCUAGAAGAAUAGUGGUAGAUACAAGUAGAACUGCAUUUUCCCCCAGAAAAUGAAGCAACAGUUACUUGGACUAAGUCAGGACCUGCCCUUAAUUCCCUCAGGCCAAGUAGUGGACCUAAGUAGGCUGGGACUGAUGAGCCUGUGUCCUGGUCGGACAGAGACACCGAAACCCAGCCCUGUCAUCUUCCAAAAACCAGUGGCAGGGACCUGUGGCCCUCUUUGCCUUUCCUGGGCCAGGAGACCGAGGUUCCUCCACUGCUCCCCAGGGGUGACCCUGGGCAGAGGACACUUGGGCUGGCACAGGAAAGCGCUCACCUUGCUCCCUGGGAUCUCAGGAGGCCCCGAGGGUUGGCUGGGUGCACACCACGUGACCCAAGCUCACUGGUGGCGUGGGCAGAGGGAACCGCCCCUUGGCUUCGAUUCCAGAGCCGCGCUUCUCUGCAGGGGCUGAGCGCGCCAAGGCUGCGCUGGCAGUGCAGGUGCGGAGGCUCCUACUGUGCUUUCCUGCAGAGGACACAGGCUCUGGCCUUGGGCGAGGUUUCAUUCCAUUCUGUGUUCCGGGCUAGUGGUGCUUGAGUCCGGCAAGGGCAUCUGGGCGAGUUGUAGGCUAGCCCAGAAUUAGGAGGGGUGUAGAGAGUUCAAUAUGAAGGUGACAUGGGGAUUCAGAAACUUUUCCAAUGCAAAUUUAUCAGUGAGUGACCUACUCAGUGAAUUUUUAUACCUCAGGGCCAUUUACAAAUCUCGAUCUCUCCAUACUUCUUUUGUAUUCAAGAGGGCUGACUGGAGAGAGGAUAGUUCCGAGAAUCCCAAGCUGAGGUUCAUUUGAGGGUGAGGGGUGCCCCCAGGACCCCUUGCUGAUGUUAACAUCCUCGAAGCCUUCAUCCUCUGGGACUUACAGGCUCUCCUGCAGUGAAUGCUCUCUCGCUCCUUUUCCUUCUGGUCAGCCCUGAGGACAGGAGGGAGGAGGCGGCAGUUCAUAGCAACUGCAGAGCUGGGAGCAGCUUUCCUCCCACCUGCUCAGCCUGGGGACCUUCUGUUCCUUAGACCUUUGUGGCUGGCCCAGUGCAAGUAAGCUUCCUCCCUGUGGCACUACUGACAUCGUUGUCUCAUAGGAACCUGACAUCGUUGUCUCAUAGGAACCACCUUUAGUACCUUGUGACGGGAAAUGCCAGGCUGGAAGCAAGAUGGAAAUGCAGGGUCUAGUGACAAGAGAGUCAAGCUCUAGGAGUUUAUAUGCCAAGGUUCCUAUAUGUACACAGAGCCAACACGUCCUAUAAGACUUGAGUACAUGUUUUCGAGUUUAAUCCCCAGGGGUGUAUCGAACACGAGCGAAUUGGAAGAACGACAGGGAGCUUCCUCAGCUGGCAGGGUUUUCCGGCAUUUGCUCACCCACAUCUGACCAACGUGGAUUCACUCAGAAAGUGAUUCUUCUGGGGCCAAGCUCCUCUUCAGAUUCAGCCUGGACAGAACUAGAAAACGGACCUGCUAGGGCCUGGGCCCCUCGGCUAUGAACAGCCGGUCUCAGGCCUCCAGAGCAGAGAGGAGUGGAGGAGCGGGGGAGUGAGCGAGGCCUGGGGACGCCUCUGCCCAGAGCCCCCCCAGCUUCGGACUCGCGGCUCUCGUGUCUGCGCUCUGCUGAGAAGGUCGAGUGCUUCGGUCCGUGGACCUUCCUUGUUUCUGGAGUCCUCUAAAUCUACAAAUGUAUAUGCUUUAUUUUAUAUUAUUAUUUAUUAAUGUACAUACGCCUCUACUGUUAGUACGUCACCCGUGACUAAGACGAGGUCUGUCCUGGAGCCCCCCAUCCAUGGCGCCUAGGGUUCUGUUGUCCCUGAAAGUGGGUGAGAAGGCACCAACUUUCCCUUUUUGUCUUGAACAGGUUGCUGCUCUUACGUUGGUCCUCACGUCCCCGGGCCCUUGUAUUGGGACCACCUCUAUUCCUGAUGACCAGAGUUUGGGAUGAGGAUGGAGGCGGGUCUCUCAGCUGUGGCAGGGCCUCUCAAGUACCUCCAUGAAGUACUUCAGAGGUGGCUUCCCGGGGCCGGCUCUGUGCUCUCUGUGGUGGUGCAGCAUGGCCGGGAGACCAGAGCCUCUGUCCUCACUCCCACCCCGCCACGCCAGGCCGGUGGGCCAGCCCUGCAACAGUCUUGGACCCCCAUUCCUGCCCUCGGAUAACAAAAUCCAACUCUUUGGACCACGGAAGCUGCCUGCCCAUCCUGGGCUUCUAACAUGCCUUUUCUCGGGUUCGAGGCCCAGUGCCAGCAUUGCCUUGGCUCUCAGUGAGACCCUGCUUUGUGUCUGUUUUCCACCCUCCUUAGCCUCUAACUCACUGUAUCAUAGUGUACAUUCGAUGCUUUUCAGCAGUGGAGUCUUCUGAACACAGUAUUCCGAGCUGUGUACAUAAACCUAAAGCACAAGUGACAUGUAUAGGUUCAUGGGCUGACUGUCAUAAUGAAUGCAUUUUAUAAUUCAAAUGAUGUUGUAGAUUUACAAUCGCUCCUAUUUAUUUUGUACCAAUUUAUUUGUAAAUUUUGUGAUUGUUUUAAAAGGUUUUUGUUCAUUUCUAUUCUAUUUAGAUAAAUGAUUUCCUGUCCACCCUCCUAGCAAACGUGUGUUCCCUCUCCCGCUCACCUCUGCAGCACCGGCCUGGGCCGCCGCCCGGCUGCCUGGCUCUGCGGGUGGGAAGUUGGAGACUGGUUGUCAGCACGGUCACACGCCAGAACGUUUCCUUCACGCGGACACCACAGUCACGUGUUCAAGAGAAGUGGGUGCCGAGAACCGUGCCUCCAACUUACAGCCCUUUGCAAGGAUCGUAACCUGCCCCCCAUCAGUUUAUUUAUUUAGGGACAGACACCGAGGGUAUCUAAAUUUGCCCCUGAAAUUUGCUGCUCAGUCACUAAUAACACAGUUCAGCUGAGCAAAUAUCUGAGCUGUUCUUUUCUAGGCAAGACCAAAGGCCUCAUGCAAGCCUCUCGGUUGGUUCUUGAAGAUGGAAACGGCGCUGUGUGGGGGCCUCCUGUGCUGCAUGGAGCCUGGGGAGGAGCAGGGACGCAGCAGGCGCAGAGGCCUCACCCCGAGUUAAGAACGUCGGGUGUCCGCACAGUGAGUCACGUUCCGGUGCCCUUCAGGACUCGAGGGCGCCCCACGUUCCCUGCCGUUCCAGUGUGCGGUCCACAUCCCCCCAUGACCACUUCCUGUCCAGGCUUCUGCUGCACCUUCCCCUCCUCACUCACCCCCCAGACCCUGAGGAUCUUCUGGUCGAGGCCCACAGCCCUUCUGCCAUCCACUCCUAGCCCACAUCUUUUUGGGGUCCCUUUUUUCUUCUACUUUAAGUCUCUAUUUUCAAUGAACUGCUGACGAGAUUGGCUUGGGACACUGCCUGACUUAACCACCAUCCCGCCUUCCCCAUCAUUAUCCCCAGGUUUUUCAAAGUAGAAGGUAAACUUCUAUCUCAGAGAAGUGUUACCUUCCUGGGAGCCUGUCUGCAUCCCUGGGACACAGAGCAGAAAGCAAGCAGGGCCCAGGGAAGGAACGUCUCCAGCACAUCCACACCCAGUUGGAAAUGGGUGAAUUUUCUUGUGAGAUGCGGUUUGCCUAAGCUCUGUCUGCGCCCAGGCAGCACCCACGUGUUGGUUCAUCGCUAGGCUGUAUCUCGAGAACAGCCCUGGGGUUUCUAGUUUGUGCGACAAACCGGGCUCCCCAGGGGUCAGCGUGGCACUUCUGAGGACAGGCAGUGCCCAGAGGUUCUUGUGGAGAAAGUGAGUGGUACGAACUGAACGACCUUUUUGUAGCUUGAUUUCUGAAAACUUAGCAGGUAUUUUCUAAAGGUAAUUCAUCUUAAUAGAGGUGAUUCCUUAUUGAGGCCAGAACAUUGAAUUAGAUAGCUCAGUAACCUUUUGCUUUCUUUAUGUAACUUUUAUCACUUCCUCUCUAAGCUCCUCACCUGUGCUUUUAUUUUUGAAUAAGUCUCAGAGCAAAGGACUGCUUGUGGGGCCCUCUGUGUGGCAUUCUGGGGCACGCUCUCUCUCCUGGUGGGUGACUGUAAGGGCAGAGGACACAAAGGGAGACUCGGUUGCCAGGACUCUCAAAGUGCUUUCCCGCUCGAGUGCUAGCGCUCAAACAGUGGGUCAGCCUCAGACAGGACUUUUACCAGUUCUGCUACAUCACGGAUUUGAGGGCAGCGGGGCCCUAAAACGAACUUACUUGCUUCAGAAUACCCACCCACAAGUCAAAGGUUACCUCCGACGAGAAUCUUCUCUCCAAGACUGGACACUGAACAAACAGGUUUGCUUUUGUUGUUGUCAUUGGGUUUGCUUGGCAAGUCCUCUUUCCCAGUGUCUCAGGAACUUGUGACACUUGAAAGGAUUGUCUUUAUCUUUCAUGGGAAGAACGUGCACUUGGCUGCCUGGGCUCCUUUCUGCUGGUGACGUUUAGCUUGGCCCAGACUUGUCGGGCCUCGUCUACAGCCCUGGCUAGACACGUCUGUGGGGAGAGGGGAGCUCAAAGGGAGAGCAGGCGUCUGGGGGCAUGUUCGUGCCUGAUUCAGAUCAUGGAGCAAUCAUCUAAUCCACCUUUUUUCUAGUAAUAAAAUGGAGCAAAGCUAGCUUCUUUUGUGGUCAGAAACAUAAGGACUAGAUCAAAAACUGGUCAUUUUGUUUUAAAUUGGAGAAAACAGAUGACGACCUAGACUUGCAGUACCAGAAUCAGCAAGCUUGAGAUGAACUGUGUUUAAUUGGGAGUAUUUUGUGUUUAACUGGGAGUAUUUUAUGGUAAAGCUCUUUGGAGAGACUUAAACUACUGCGUAUAUUUUAUCCUUGAAAUUACGUACCUUUGUUGCAACAGAUCAGAUAGUUAUGGCCUUGGAAUGGAGACAUCGUGCCUGAGGACAGGGAAGAAGGGCUGAGACCUCCAGGGUAAACAGAAAGGUCGUCUUCUUUGUUUGGUAAACAAGAGCAUUCUUUUUUUGACUUGAUUCUGCCCCACCUGCACACUGAGCAGCGAGGACAGUGUGAAGUGCGCCUCCUGUUGGUGGCAGUCAGGCCAGGGGGGCCGCGGGCUCCUGUGUUGCCCAGCUCUGCUCCGGGGCUGCUGGCCGCGUGCACGUGUCCUCCUGCUCCCUGGGGGUAGAGCAUUCUGUUUUUUCUAUUUUCAAGACUGCUCAGGGAGCUCCCCAGUAGAGAUUUCAUCCUUAGGGUCUCCUUAAGUUAUGCAUCAUUGGAAACUGUCCCAUUUGAGAAAGAAAAGAGCUCUGUGCUCUAGUCACCAAGAAGGAAUGUCAUGUGAAACCUAAGUACUAACAUGGAAACUCCUAAACCCAGUGAGGCAUAGGGCCCUCAGCUAUAUGGCAACAGCUAGGCCACAGUUAGCGUUUUCCCACCAUCAAAGAUCGAAUAGUUUCCAUGACAUGGAAUGUGGGCAAGGCCCCUACCCUUAACGCAGACCUCGAUAUGCAGUUGUCUGUCUCUGGUUAUUUGUGGUGAAUAAGCAGGGUAUUUUUAAAUGCUCCUAGCAGCCUUGAAAAAAAAGCAAGGCUUUAAACUUGUUUGCAAAGUAUUUCUUAAGUAAAUAAAUCUGAUUUAGAAAUAUCUAAGCAUGGACAAAGUACUUUUAAAUCUGACAUGUCACCACCUGCACCUUUGGAGUGGUUGCUUAAAAACAUUACCAACAUGACCAAAGGGUUUGUUGCUGUUGUUAUUUUAGUUCUAAGAACCACUUCUCCUAAAAGUGCCUAGAAAGGGUAGCUUGAAGGACUUGCUUAUUUUGGGUCUCAGCAGAGCUAGGCAUAUGGUAGGAGGAAAUCUAAGGUCAAAACUGACUUUUCUGAAAUACACCAUCCAAACUGGAAUUGGCCAUCUUAAUGGAGGUGCAUGUACAGGGUGAGUCUUCUUGCAGAGGGAACCCAGCGGGGCUGGGCUCCCUGGUGCCUCUGACCAGCUGCUGGCUGGGGCGGUGCGGGGGCAGGUCCCUGUUAGCCUGCACAUGCCCUAAGACUGGAAGUUCUGUCUAGCACCCCAAAAGUGGCACCUGGUACUUUACAAAGCCUGAACUGAACACUAAGUGUUUUCCAAAUACUCAGGAAAGCAAUUCUGAAGAGUUGGGAGACCUGUCCGCUCACAGUCUGAAUUGCCUCAGGUUUUUUUGUUUUUCUAAGGGGGAGGGAAUUACACAUUUCAAGUCCAGGUUCCUUUAACUACUGGCCACAGAGGCACGCACCCUGGCGCUUUAGCGCGCCCUGCUGCAGCUGCUGCGGGUGCCCGCCUGCCCCCUAGCCCGUGCUCCCAGCAGCACUGUCGGAGAAGCAACGCUCUGUCUGGGUCUCAGACACUCGGAAUCUGAGCUCCUUUAAAUACUCUGGGGACCCUGGAGAAGGCUGUGAUGGACAGUGAAGGCUUACUCAUUCCGGUCGUGCUUUUCACUCCUCAGUCUUCGUCCCCACUGCCAGAGAGACGUCUGACUAAAAGGAGGCUAUCCCCUAGACCUUACUCGGACAGCACCAGAAGUGUGGCAGGUUAGAGCGAAGUGCUCGUGUUGGCUGUUGCUGUGACAGGGAAGGAGUGUAAGUCUUUUAUUGUAAGUUAGCUCUGCAGUUAUAACUCAUUUAGAAAUUCGCUGGCUUUCAGACAAUUUAAGAGCACGGCAAACUGGGCAACAUCUCUGCCUGGAGAAUAAUAACAACUGGGUGACCGUAAACCCAUUUUCUAAAAUUUAAAGCAAGACAGUGUUUGAUUGCUGAUGCGACCUGGUGUAGAGCCACAGAUAUUAAAAAUGGUGCGGUAAUAGGGCCUUAGCUAAAUUACUGUUUCCUACGUAUAAAAUGAAUUUUUAAAAAGGGGGAAAAAUCUUACCCUAUAGUCCUGUAUCAAAAAACUUUCCGUGAAAAAAUCAAGGCCUAUUUAAGUGCUAUAGAUUCAACUACUAACCAGUCAUGCCAGACUGUCUUUCUUUUGAGAAGGCCACGUCAAACUGAUGUCACUAAGUUAAACCUGAACACAACCGUAAUUACAGCUGUGCUACAACAGAGGGGUCCAAGCCAGUGUUAGA